AUGGGAUUCCCAAUGAUUCAAGUGUUCAUGAUCGCCGCGCGGCAGGUGUCAAAACCAAUUGCCGACGCGGUGCUUCGAUAUGGAAAAGAUCAUCCGGUGUUUAGAAAUAAAUUGUUAAUUCCGAUUGGAAGAGGUCUCGUUCGAUUCACAUCUCGAAUGCGAAUGAAACGACUUGGCCUCGGCGAACCGAUCACACACGCUCCCGUCUCAGAAGCGGCCGCGUUGGAACAAGCGUCCGAUUUCGUCCAGCAACUAGUCCUCUUCUCGUAUUCUGUCGGUGUAUUCGCCAGUUAUUAUUUCUAUACAAAACUGACGACACCGGAUUCGUUGAAAAUCGAAGAAUAUCAGGAAUUCAAGGAACAACAGGAACGGGCGAUCAAAGAGUUGCGAUUGCAAAUCGAAUCGUUGGAACAGCGACUGGCAGCUCAACAGAAGAGAAACUUCUUCUCUCAACUUGGAUUCUCAAAGGAUUCUGAUGAGGAGCCACCGAAGAGCAAGCCUUCUGAAUGUAAGGAGAAGCCAGCUUCGGAACCGGCGAAACCGGAAUCCAAACAAUCAGAAUCGCUGAAACAAAAGUUCCAACGGAUCUCCUCACUGCCGAUCGACGCAGCCGCCUCGCUGAUUCUCGAUGAUGAAGAAUAUCUCGUCGUUCGUCGUGGCUCAUCAGUCGGCAUCGAGCUCUCCGUGAAUUUCGCUGCUCGUGGAGAACGUCUUCGAUACCGGAUUCCAUCAACGAAACUUCGAGAAUCAGUUGCUCAGAAAGCUUUGAAAGAAGCGGCUUGCCACGUCAUCGGUCCCAAAAAGACGAGAUUUAGUUAUGUGAAUUGA